ACCAGCAGAGCACCAAAAGCGAACACAGGUAUCAUCCUCCCGCCAUUCCAAACACAAAAGACUAGGGUUUAAGCUUUCUCUUUCUUCUCACUCCCAAAAACCUUAACAUACAAAACACUCAGUUUCUUUCUUUCUUCAAUACGAAACCCUAGAAUUCUCCAAAAUGAGCUUCGCGGCGUACAAAAUGAUGCACUGGCCAACCGGCAUAACCAACUGUGGCUCGGGUUUCAUCACUCACUGCCGUGCCGACUACGUGCCGCAAAUUCCGUUAAUUCAGACCGACGAAGUUGAAUCAGAGUGGCCUGCAAAGCAAGGAAUCGGCCCGGUCCCAAACCUCAUUGUAACUGCUGCUAACGUUCUCGAAAUUUAUGUAGUUAGGGUACAUGAAGAGGGCAGUAAAGAGUCUAAAAAUUCUGGAGAAACAAAACGCGGCAUUUUAAUGGAUGGAGUCUCCAGUUCUUCCCUCGAACUCGUUUGCCAUUACAGAUUGCAUGGUAAUGUGGAAUCAAUGGCUAUAUUGUCAAAAGGAGGAAGUGACAGUUCUAGGAGAAGAGAUUCGAUCAUUUUGUCAUUUCAAGAUGCGAAAAUAUCAGUUUUGGAGUUUGAUGAUUCAAUUCAUGGACUUCGUACAUCCUCUAUGCACUGUUUUGAGGGUCCUGAGUGGCUUCAUUUGAAAAGAGGUAGAGAAUCAUUUGCAAGAGGCCCGGUGGUAAAGGUUGAUCCUCAAGGCAGGUGUGGCAGCGUUCUUGUUUACGGAUUGCAAAUGAUAGUACUUAAGGCUGCUCAGGGUGGAUCUGGUUUGGUUGGAGAUGAGGAUACUUCUGGUUCUGGAGCUGCUGUUUCUGCUCGCAUUGAGUCAUCAUAUGUUAUCAACUUGAGAGAUUUAGACAUGAAGCAUGUAAAAGAUUUUAUAUUUGUACAUGGUUAUAUUGAGCCUGUGAUGGUCAUCCUUCAUGAGCGGGAGCUUACUUGGGCUGGGCGUGUGUCAUGGAAGCACCAUACUUGCAUGAUUUCUGCGCUAAGUAUCAGCACAACUUUAAAGCAGCAUCCACUUAUAUGGUCAGCUGUGAAUCUUCCGCACGAUGCUUACAAGCUACUUGCGGUGCCAUCGCCAAUUGGUGGUGUUCUUGUGGUUGGUGCGAAUACAAUUCAUUAUCAUAGUCAGUCCGCCUCAUGUGGAUUGGCUUUGAACAAUUAUGCUGUUUCUGCUGAUAGCAGUCAAGAGCUUCCAAGAUCAAGUUUUAUUGUAGAACUUGAUGCUGCCAAUGCUAAUUGGUUGCUAAAUGAUGUGGCGUUGCUGUCAACAAAAACCGGGGAGCUACUACUUUUGACUCUUGUUUAUGAUGGGCGGGUAGUGCAGAGGCUUGAUCUUUCCAAGUCUAAUCCUUCAGUACUUACUUCUGACAUUACAACAAUUGGAAAUUCAUUAUUUUUUCUCGGGAGUCGGCUGGGUGACAGUUUGCUUGUGCAAUUUUCUUGUGGAUCAGGAGCCUCAAUGCCGUCAUCAGGUUUAAAAGAAGAGUUUGGAGAUAUUGAUGGUGAUAACCCUUCAGCAAAGCGAUUGCGGAGGUCUUCUUCUGAUGCCUUGCAAGAUAUGGUUAGUGGUGAGGAGCUUUCCUUGUAUGGUUCGGCUCCAAAUAACACGGAAUCAGCACAGAAAACUUUUUCAUUUGCUGUGAGGGAUUCAUUGGUUAACAUUGGACCUUUGAAGGACUUCUCAUAUGGCUUGAGGAUGAAUGCUGAUGCAAGUGCAACUGGAAUUUCCAAACAAAGUAAUUAUGAACUGGUAUGCUGUUCUGGUCAUGGAAAGAAUGGUGCUCUCUGUGUACUUCGGCAGUCAAUUCGCCCAGAAAUGAUUACUGAGGUUUGUGCAUAUCUUGACCUUCAUGAAAAAUAA